CGCCUAUCAAACCGACGGGUAUAAGAACUAGUUUUUGCUAGAUUUUAGGAAACUCAAUCGAGAUUUCAGUUGAGUGUGCGAACAUUUGCUUUUUGAGACUCGGCGCAUGUCCAGCUCCGCAAAGUGAAAACAUUUUGCGAUAAUUGAUGAACCUUUUGGGUCUGUGCAACACCAAAAUUCUUUGUGUUGUCGCCUGGUCAAAUUUUCAGGUUGGCCGCAUUUCAUCGGGCAUCGUCGGCAGCAUCGGCACAGGCGCACUAGCCUUCGGCUCGUGGAGCGCGGAGAGUCGGUCGCAGCCGGCGGCGCACGGUCGGCUCGCCAGCUGAUAGAAUGGGGGGCGCGGGCGGCGCCACCGCCUCCGUGUCGGGUCGCGGGCCCUCCUCGCUCUUCCUCUUCUCCGAGGACAACCCCAUACGCAGAUACACGAGGUUCAUCAUCGAGUGGCCUCCAUUCGAAUAUGCUGUACUUCUGACAAUCAUAGCCAACUGCGUUGUAUUAGCAUUGGAGGAGCACCUGCCAUUCCAAGACAAGACCGUUCUAGCGCAAAAAUUAGAAAAAACCGAAGUAUAUUUUCUAGGGAUAUUUUGUGUUGAAGCAUCACUGAAGAUUCUAGCUCUGGGUUUCGUUUUGCACCGAGGAUCAUAUUUGCGAAACAUUUGGAACAUUAUGGAUUUUUUUGUAGUCGUUACUGGGUUUCUCACGAUGUUCCCUCAGUUGUUAGUGGUGGACCCACGCGCGUUGCGGGCUAUUCGAGUGCUAAGACCGCUGAAGCUAGUCUCUGGCAUCCCUAGUCUGCAGGUGGUUUUGAAAUCCAUCAUCAAGGCUAUGGCACCCUUGCUCCAGAUUGGGCUCUUGGUUUUGUUCGCCAUCGUUAUUUUUGCAAUCAUAGGAUUGGAAUUUUACUCCGGUGCCUUACACAGAACGUGCUACAGCCUUUAUAAUAUAGAUGAAAUCGUCAAAGAGGGGGAUGAGGAGACGCCGUGCAACACCGAUAACGAGACGCAGGCCCGCAACCAGGGCAGCAACUGGUGCAGAGAUGGCAACAGCGUGUGCCUGGAGCGGUGGCAGGGCCCCAACAACGGCAUCACGUCCUUCGAUAACAUCGGCUUUGCCAUGCUCACCGUCUUCCAGUGCAUCACCAUGGAGGGAUGGACGGCCAUACUCUAUUGGAUGAACGAUGCCAUGGGGAGUUACUUCAAUUGGAUGUACUUCGUUCCACUCAUAGUAUUAGGAUCAUUUUUCAUGUUGAACCUCGUUCUUGGUGUUCUUAGCGGGGAGUUUGCCAAAGAAAGAGAGAAAGUAGAGAAUCGCCAGGAAUUCUUGAAGCUGCGUAGAGCCGCCCAGCUAGAAAGAGAACUGAACGGUUAUGUUCAAUGGAUAUGUAAAGCAGAGGAAGUAAUUUUGGCUGAGGAGAGGACUACAGAAGAGGAGAAAUUGCAUAUAAUGGAAGCUAGAAGGAGGGCUGCCAGAAAGAAAAAACUGAAAAACAUGGGGCGGAGUAAAAGUACGGAUACAGAAGAGGAACAAGAGGAAGAUGAAAUAGGAGAUGAUGGCUUCGCCAAAUCGUCUUACCUGAAGUCCAGGGGCGCAAAGAGAGGCCCAGGCGGGUGCGCGCGCUUCUGGCGCUUUGAGAAGCGCCUGCGCUUCUGCAUACGGCACGCCAUCAAGACGCAGUGGUUCUAUUGGUCGGUGAUCGUGCUGGUGCUUUUCAACACCAUCUGCGUGGCCGUCGAGUACCACGGGCAGCCGCAGUGGCUCAGCGAUUUUUUGUUUUACGCGGAAUUUGUGUUCCUGGGCCUGUUCAUGAGCGAGAUGUUCAUCAAAAUGUACGCGCUCGGCCCGCGCAUCUACUUCGAGUCUGCGUUCAACCGCUUCGACUGCGUCGUCAUCACCGGCUCCAUCUUCGAGGUCAUCUGGUCGGCUGUGAAGGGUGGCUCGUUCGGCAUCUCGGUGCUGCGCGCGUUGCGCCUGCUCAGGAUAUUCAAGGUCACCAAGUACUGGUCGUCGCUGCGCAAUCUCGUCAUCUCGCUGCUCAACUCCAUGCGCUCGAUCAUCUCACUGCUGUUCCUGCUGUUUCUGUUCAUCCUGAUCUUCGCGCUGCUCGGUAUGCAGCUCUUCGGGGGUCAGUUCAAUUUUGAGGGGGGCACACCCAACGCCAAUUUUAAUAGGUUUCCUAUCGCGCUACUCACUGUCUUCCAGAUAUUGACGGGCGAAGACUGGAACGAAGUGAUGUACUACGGCAUCAACGCGCUGGGCGGGCCUAACAACAACGGCAUGAUCUACUCGCUCUACUUCAUCGUGCUCAUGUUGUUCGGCAACUACACGCUGCUGAACGUGUUCUUGGCCAUCGCCGUUGACAAUUUGGCGAACGCGCAGGAACUCACCGCGGCAGAGGAGGAACAAGCUGAGGAGAAUAAAGAGAAGCAAGCAAUGGAGCUGGAGAAGGAGAUGGAGGCGCUGCAGAUGGACGCGAAUCCUGCCAGAGGCGGAGAAUCAGGGGCGGCCAUGCACAGCCCCGUGAGGUCGACUGGGGGGCGCAAGAAGCGGGAGGAGAAGGUGGAGGAGGAGGAGGAGAUCGUCGGCCCCAAGCCGAUGCUGCCCUAUUCCAGCAUGUUCAUUCUCUCUUCGACAAAUCCGGUGAGAAGAGGUGCUCAUUGGGUGGUGAACCUGCGCUACUUCGACUUCUUCAUCAUGGUGGUGAUCUGCCUCAGCUCGGUGGCGCUGGCGUGCGAGGACCCCGUCGACGAGAACUCCUUCCGGAAUGUGUUCCUCGAUAAGUUCGACUACGCCUUCACCAGCGUCUUCGCCGUCGAGAUGCUGCUCAAGAUCGUCGAUCUGGGCGUCAUCCUGCAUCCGGGAUCGUAUCUUCGGGAGGUGUGGAACAUCAUGGACGCCGUAGUGGUCAUCUGCGCGUUGGUCUCCAUGGGAUUUGAUUUCGCGAAACGGCCAGAAGCAGCAAACCUGUCGACGAUCAAGUCACUGAGAGUGUUGAGAGUUCUAAGACCUUUGAAAACAAUCAAAAGAGUGCCGAAGUUGAAAGCAGUGUUCGACUGCUUAGUGAACUCCUUGAAAAAUGUGAUAAAUAUCUUAAUAGUGUACAUAUUAUUCCAGUUCAUAUUCGCUGUGAUUGCUGUUCAGCUCUUCAAUGGAAAAUUUUUCUACUGUACAGAUGCAAGUAAAUUUACGGAAGUUACCUGCCAGGGUCAGUACUUCGUUUACGGAGAAGAUGGCGAUGUGCCACAAGUCGAAACUCGUGAUUGGCUACCACAGAAGUUCCAUUACGACAAUGUUCCUAUGGCAAUGUUGACGUUAUUCGCCGUUCAGACUGGGGAAGGUUGGCCUCAGGUUCUCCAAAAUUCCAUGGCUGCCACAUAUGAGGAUCAAGGCCCAAUACAAAAUUUCCGAAUCGAGAUAUCUAUUUUCUAUAUUGUAUAUUUCGUAGUGUUCCCGUUUUUCUUUGUAAAUAUAUUCGUGGCCUUAAUCAUCAUUACGUUCCAAGAACAGGGUGAAGCUGAACUCCAAAGUGGCGAAAUUGAUAAAAACCAAAAAUCUUGUAUCGAUUUCACAAUACAAGCACGUCCAUUAGAGAGGUAUAUGCCGAACAAGCGGAACAGCUUCAAGUAUAAAAUCUGGAGAGUAGUGGUUUCUACUCCCUUCGAGUACUUCAUCAUGAUGCUGAUCGUCUUCAAUACUCUCUUGCUCAUGAUGAAGUACGACAAGCAGGGGGAUAACUACACGAAAACCCUAAAGUACCUCAACUGGGGAUUCACAGGAAUGUUCACGGUGGAAUGCCUCCUCAAGAUUCUAGCCUUUGGCGUUCGGAACUUUUUCAAAGAUCCAUGGAACACCUUCGACUUCGUCACUGUCAUCGGCAGCAUAGUAGACGCUAUGGUAGUGGAAUUCGGGGAAAGGGCAGCCCAAAUGACUAAAGAGCGGGAGAAUUUCAUUAACGUUGGAUUUCUGAGGCUGUUUCGGGCAGCCAGACUUAUCAAGUUGCUUCGCCAAGGGUACACUAUAAGGAUCCUGCUCUGGACGUUCGUUCAGAGUUUCAAAGCUCUUCCGUACGUUUGUGGACUCAUCGCCAUGCUGUUCUUCAUCUACGCCAUUAUAGGGAUGCAGGUUUUCGGAAAUAUUGCUGAAACUCCAAAUGAAGCGAUAGACCGACAUAACAACUUUAGGAAUUUUAUUCAAGGGCUGAUGCUUUUAUUCAGGUGUGCUACAGGAGAAAAUUGGCCAAGUAUAAUGCUGUCAUGUAUAAAAGGAAGAUAUUGCGAUCCACAUUCUGGAAAAAGUGGAAGGCAGUGUGGCCACAAUAUUGCUUAUGCUUAUUUCGUGUCUUUCAUAUUCUUCUGCUCAUUCCUGAUGCUGAAUUUGUUCGUUGCUGUAAUUAUGGACAACUUCGAUUACCUAACAAGAGACUCUUCCAUAUUGGGUGCCCAUCAUCUGGAUGAGUUCGUCCGAAUAUGGGCAGAAUAUGACCCUAAUGCCACGGGAAAAAUUCACUACACUGAGAUGUACGACAUGCUGAAAAACAUGGACCCCCCUUUGGGCUUUGGAAAUAAAUGUCCCAACCGACUCGCUUACAAGAAGCUGAUCAGGAUGAACAUGCCGGUGGAUGAUGAGGGCAGAGUGAACUUCACUAGCACCUUUUUUGGCUUGGUCAGAGAGAAUCUCAACAUCAAAAUGAGGACAGCCGACGAGAUGGACCAGGCCGAUAGCGAGCUCCGCGUGACCAUCCGCAACAUCUGGCCACUGCAAGCGAAGAACAUGGUGGACCUGCUGGUACCGCCCAACGACCAGCUCAACGAGGGCAAGCUGACGGUAGGCAAGAUCUACGGCGGGCUGCUGAUCCUCGAGAGCUGGCGCAGCACAAGGUUCGGCCAGAUGGCGCCCACGGGCCUGCCGGUCCUGGACAUGCAAGAUAUGUUGUCACAUAGAGGGUCAUGUGAAAGUCUGGGAGAACAAACCUACCUUCGUCCUGGAGGUUACAAUCAGCACAGUCCCAAUAGAGGGCACAAUUCACCGUCCCUCCAUCGAAGUCCUUCUCCUCGAAGAAGGUACCCACAGCAUCUGCACCACGACAUCGGAUUUUCAGACACCGUCUCCAAUGUCGUGGAAAUAGUCAAAUACGAACACCAGAGGGCGUCUCAGAGGGGCAGAUUCCCUAGAGGUUCGUGGUCGGCCUCAACGAGUCCAGCCAGGUCCCCAUCGCCCAGUUGCGAGCGCCUCUUCCGGGACCCCAACAAUCCGGGGGGCCGGUACGGACCCAUGGGCCCGCCUUCCAAUCGGAGGCCGCUUGUUGACUACGGCACCACAAGCCUGUGCCAGCGCUCCAGGUCGCCCAGCCCCACCCACCAGGCUACGCCCCACCAGCAGGGUCCGCCUCUCAUAGCUGGAGCAGUGGUAGGCAUCCCCAUGCACCAGUCGGCUGCCCACCAGGGCAAGAUGCAGCACAGCCAGCCGACGCUGGGCAGCAAGACAGCGGGGCAGGGCCGCCGUCUGCCGCCCACGCCGAGCAAGCCGUCCACGCUGCAGCUGCGCUCCGGCUCCAUCAACUUUCCCAAGCUGAACGCCUCGCCCACUCACAUACAUUCGGAGUCCGCGCACACGACCCCCCACCCCUACCCCCACCGCAACCCCCACCUCAGCUUCAAGCAGCGCAAGCCGCUGCGCGAACUCAGCCCGACGACGGCGUCGAUGAACGCCGCCGCGAACGCGAGCGAGGUGGCGACGCCGGCAGCGUGGGAGCCAGUCGGCAGCGCGGCGCAGGCGCCGUUGAGCUUCGAGCAGGGCGUUGCGCUCGGGCGGGGCGGCAGGAUACUGCCCAGUCCGGUGCCGAACGGGUUCAAGCCGAAGCCAACAGGAUCCAGGAAUUCUGAUUCAGACGACGAUGACUGGUGCUAGCAUUUGCUAAAUACUCUCUCCGAGAGUACCUUCGCUCCAGUGUACAUACUAUACAUAAUAUACAUAAUUUCAAAUAGGCAUUUACUUACUUCUUAUUUAGCAUAAAAACGAACUUAUCCUAUUAUGGUGAAACUGUGAGUGUUUUCAAGUGUAAUUUCAGAUCGUCUAGAGAGUGAUUCUACUUUUAUAAAUAAAUAUUCAAAAUAUCAGCCAAAUAGAGAUACCAUUUUUU